UUCAUCGGUGACGGUUUGAUACUCGUGGCAGUUCGCUCCAGCCAAGCAAAGUUAGAGCUCAGCUGAGUGGCUCAUUGUCGGACCGGAUUUCAUUCUCUCCAGAACACAGCACCAGCCAUAUAUCAGCACAGAAGUUACUCCCGUUUUUUUUCGGUCGAUCGUUCCCACAGCUGCAGCUGCUCUGCUGGUUGACCGAUAUCCUGGUGGUGCACGGGGUGGUGAGUUUCCCUAGGAGCUACGGUCGAACCUUCGCACAUAUUAUCCUGGUGUACGGGAAAAACGGGCGGUGACAGUGAAAAAGUCAAUAAGCGUUAUAUCAUCGCAUACCUCGACCAAAUUUCGGAUUCUGGCAGCCUGCCGGUCGCCGAAGUUUCACGCCCCUUUGACCUCGGCGAAGAAGAAAGUGUCAUGGUGAAGUGGUUUUCUUUUGCAUGCACAUAAAAAAAAUCACCUGGUGCAAUUGUGAACGGGAAUAAAAAAAGGUUCAAGCACGUGCCGGUAAUGUGUAAUGUAGUGUGAAUCGUUGUGAUUGAUAGAUUUACGUCCGCAUUUUGGUGCGCGAGAUGUGAGCCGUUAUCCCCACCCAUAUGCGUGCGCGUCCAAGGAAUAAGCGGAACACACUUGAAAAACUCCAGGCUAAUUUCACGGCUUGAAAUACUGUUCCAGUUCGUCGGCAGUGAACGUUGAUGCUAAGAAUGAUAUAAUAGCGAAAACGACAAGUGUACUUUUUUCACCAGUAAUACUCAUCAAUGCAAAUAGUGUGAUAUAGCGGAGUGCCACGGCACAAAAAAGUGUUACAAUUAAAUCAAAAGGUUUUAAGCGCCCACGUUGGUAAUACCGUGAAUUGACGCGAGAUAAAAUGAUUCCGCAAGCUGAGCAAUCCCGUUGGAUUAGCCAUCGGUGAAAAGUGCGCGGGCUGAAACAAACCGGAUUACAGGAGCUUUUCGGUGGUCAAAUUUAUCACAUUUGCGUGUACCGUACCAACCGGCGAUAGUGUCAAAUUUAUCCUUCGGGCUGUUGUGUGUUGGCACUCGGUAGUGAUUGGAGCGCCAAAGCCCGCCACAGCAUCAUUUACCCACAGGACGAACAGACAACAGCAUCACGUUGGAAUAUCAGGAGCAGCAAAGUUGUGCGUGUUCGCACAACGAAACCAAACCUUCCUGCUUCAGAAUCAUGGUGACCAAAAUAUGGCGAAGCUGUUUCCCCGACUCGACCCAUUCUCCGCAUCACGUCCAGCGGCAUCACUUCUAUCUGUGUCAGUGGCAAAGCAACACCCAGGUCGGAAUAUGCUACCUGAUGUAUCGGCUAAUCGUGGCCAUACUGUUCCUGGCCGUGCUGGCCUGUUCACUGCUGGACAUAGGCCGAUCGGAACCGAUGCUGGAGCACCAUUACGCCAAAUGGUGGAUCUACCUGACACACUGGGCACUGAUAGCGUGUGCCUUCCAGGCCUGGCUAGCGGCAAUCAUCGUUACCAAAGGGUUGAUGAUUGACCGGAAUGAGUUUGAGUGGAACAUUCAUGUAGCAAGGGAGAGCCGGCUUCAUGCUGUCUACUGGGUUGUGUACACCAUCGCCACGGUGUACUCAUUUAUUGUCACAUUAGUCUAUUGGACGUUCGUGUACGAUCCUGAAAUACACCGCGUGGACGCCGUCAAUCUGAUGGUACAUGUGCUCAACUCCGUCAUAAUGCUAAUCGAUUUGACCAUUGUGGGACACCCGAUCAGGCUCAACCAUGCCUACUGGACAACCGGGAUCGGUGUGGCAUAUGCGCUUUUCUCGGUCAUAUACUAUCUGGCCGGCGGGACCGACAGGCACAACGAGUCGAGCAUCUACAAAAUGCUCGACUGGCAGAAGCCAGGCAAAUCGAUUGUGAUAUGCGCGCUGGGGGUGUUCUUCGUCUUUGUCGUCCACUUCAUCUGCUACUGUCUCUACUGUCUCCGGGUGUGGCUGUACGCGCGGGUCUGCCUCCCGGAAAUGGACAGUUCCGCCAGCAGCGGCAGCACCCGUAAGACCAGCCGAGAGAAGGUAAGCUCCAUUACGCGAACACUCUCGGCGAUGGAGGAAUCUCAGCGGGAGCAGUUCCUCAACCCGUCGACCGUCAUCGAUCUCAAGUGAUUGACCGACGACGGGCAGCAGCCGUGCGGUUCGAGAGCCACGGCCGCUAACCGACCAGCAGCGGCAGGUGGGUGGAAAAGUCAAUAAUGGUCCACUUCAUCACAAGCAUAAUGAGAGCCACCGUUCGUCGCCACAACACACCGUGACGGGCGGGUCGCUCUAGCUCAAGUAAUUCUCUGGAGAGUCAUUGUUGAACACUAGCAUCUGCAACCUUUGAUUCAAGAUAUAGAUUAAACGAGGAAAAACAAAACAGAAGCGUUGUUUAGUGAAGUAAUAAAUUAUAUAAAUUGAUAAUAGAAUUUUACGUAGAUCGUUUAGCGGAAGGAGAGUUAUUUUGUACACAGUUUUGAAUUUUAGCCAGAAUUAGAUCAUUGUCGUCAGCCGACAGGCUCUUGAAGUUAGAAGAAGGAAGAUAUAAAAACAAAACUCUAAGCUCGCUCAUAUGCUCGUCGCCGAACAGCAUUUACAUUUUGAUUGCAAACGAGAAUUAUCAUACGACCCACAGCAGAAAAAUCGGUCAAAUUGGUAGGAUAUUGUGAAUGAGCAGGAUUUAUGCAAAUGCAUGACUUUAAGUUAAUGAAUGAAAAGGCUCGUUUGUACCAACUAUAAAAAUAAUUUACUAAGAUCUUUUGUACACGAACGCAGACAGAAUAGAACCAGUAUUAAUUUGAAACUUGCUAACGUAUCCAAUCUCAGGAUACCGUUCUCGAGGGGUUACUUUGGACUCUUUGAAGCUCUCAGAAAAUCAUCCAACUUAUUGAAAUUUAGGCCCAAUUCUUGAAUCCGAGGAUGCUGAAAAUUGCAAAAGGCACUAGCUUUUACUCGCCGUAUUCUCAAAAAAUUAGUUUAAUCAGAAAAUUGUAAAAAAUGCUGAUUGAUUUUCAUGAUUAUUUCACUUACGGUAGACAUUUGCAUUUUAAAUUAUCUAAGAAGAUCAAUCUUUUGAGGGUUCUCAAUGGGCUGUAAAAUGAAUUUGAUCGGUACCGAUUCACAAAGAUGGUCGUUCGCUUUAGCAAUAGCUUUUACUUCACUGCCCAUAUAUCUUUGACGUAAACUGCCCACCUCACUUUAAAUACAUUUAAGUUCCGCAACAAGUGUAUUAUUCUGCAUUGUUUUUAUUCUGUUUAUUAGACUGGGUGUAGAAAAGUCUGUUGUCGUGGCUUCCGAUUUAUCCGAACAUUUCUAGAUUAACUGGAAAUAUUUCAAUUAUGGCAUUUGAAAAAUCAUAUGUUAAGGAAUGCAUUAGACCAUUCGAGAUUUCACCAGACUUUGUUUUUUAGGAUACCGUCAAACGGGGUAACUUGCAACAGUGAGGUAACUUGCAACACUUCGACAUGUUUAUACUUAGGUAAACUUGUAAACGCUAGUAAUAAUGUUUACUAGUGAGAUAUCUGAAUUUAAAAUACGCACACUGCGAUCUCGCAUUUUUAUACCCUGUAAGCUCAGAAACGGUUUGUUUUCCUCCCAAUUCAAACGUCAAAACGACACAAUACCAACGCAGUUGGAUAAGUCUAGAGUCCGUGUAUAUUGGAGUCCUGUACAG